CAUUCUUCCUCUUAUUAUGUUCACAUUCAAGAUUUGAACUUUACAGCUUCUGCUACUCUUCCCAGCUUUAUUUAACCCUGCCCAUAACUCUCCAUCUGGUUCUGCACCAUUCUUAUUCCUCCUCAUGGAUUGGCAUUUCAAGCUUUCCUUUGCAGCAUUCCUGGUCUUAGCUCCCACCAUUUGUACACUCACACAUGGGCUGACCAUCAUCUCUGGAACGGUCUUCUGCGACCAAUGUAAAGAUGGCCAGAUUUCUCUCUUCGAUUAUCCUGUUUCCGGUAAUAGUUAAAGAAUGCAUCUUUGUUUUGUUUUCAAAAGAAGAUUGACUGGUUCUUGAUAAUGACUUAGGACAUUUGUGGUGCAGGGAUAAAAGUUGCAAUGGCAUGUCCUGAUGGGAACGGGCAAUUGACAACCAGGGGAGAGGAAACCACGAAUUGGUUAGGCACUUUCAACAUGAGGUUUGAUGAAACUUCAGAUUUGAGCAAUUGUUUUGCCCAGGUUUCGGGAAGCGGUCAAGCAUCAGGAGGAGCCUGUGGGGCAGUGAGCGGUCCUGCUAGACCUCUCAAACUAAUGUAUAACAUGUUUGGUAUGGCAAUGUAUGCUGUAGACACUCUGAUUUCCCAGCCUGUACAGCCAAUGUCCUUUUGCCCAUCUUCUUCCGUGCCUGUGCCCGCGCUCGUACCUGUUACUCCAUCACCCAAGCUGCCUUCUCCACCAGCAUUCGUGCCUGUUACUCCACCACCCACGAUGCCUUCUCCACCAGCAUUCGUACCUGUCACUCCACCACCCAAGGUGCCUUCUCCACCAGCAUUCGUACCUGUUACUCCACCACACAAGGUGCCUUCUCCACCAGCAUUGCCCAUCUUACCUCCAAUGCCUCCAUUUCCAUUUCUUGAGGCUUCCGCCUGUCCAUACGGAAAAUGGAUGAUGCCUGAAUACAGAUGCUACUGGAAGGUUGUAAGUCCAGAUACAAAAGUGGGAGUCGUUUUCGGGCUGCUAGCGGCAAGAAAAUAUGGAAUGGAGAUGACGCUGUGGGAAGGGUUGAACGGGAGAGGGGAGGCCUACAAGACAUUGCUGAGGGAAGGCACAACUGCACUCCUCAACUCCUACAAUUCGGUGCAGUACCCUUACAACCCGCUGGGAGUUGUGGAACGCAUGAAUUGGGCGUUGAUGGCGGGGUCCACUCGCCAAGUUCUCCACACAGCUCUCAGUUUCAUGAAGGCUAACUAUGGAUUUGGCCACCCUGCAUCUACCUGCAGAUUCACUUCUUGCACCCCCAAUUGAUCAUGAUAAUUGUUUGUUCUAUUGUGAUAUUAUUAUUAUUAUCACUCAUUCACUCAUAUAUACCAUUUCUCAGCUCCUUCAUAUUGCUACUACUACUAUAUGGUUGAUGAAUAUGAGCUGAAACACGUCAUUUAUAGUCUAUAGAAUGUUAUGUACUUACGUAAAGGCAGGUCCUAACUCAUAUUGUUUUUCAGUGUAUCCCGGAGUGCUUCGUAUUAUAUUUACUGUAUGGGGUUUGUAUUUUCCCAUACGUGAGAAUGUGAGAUGCCACAAUAAAAUAUUUUCACUUUUGUUCUUAUCCACGG